GGAAGAAGAGAAGUCGAGGUUCCGUGUGUCUCGGCCGCAGUCUGUUGCGCCGAUGGGGAUAGAAAUGGACCCCCUGCUCCACGCCUGGAGUUACUUCAGGCGGAGGAAGUUCCAUCAGUGCUCGGAUCUCUGCUCCCAGUUACUGGAGAAACAACCGGGCGACCAGGAAUCAGAUUCAGAGUUCUCCGUAUUUCAGGCCGCUUGGUGCUUGAAAAUAAGAGCUUUAACAGAAAUGGUUUAUGUGGAUGAAAUCGAUGUGGAUCAGGAAGGCAUUGCUGAGAUGAUGCUUGAUGAAAAUGCUAUUGCGCAAGUUGCACGUCCUGGUACUUCAUUGAAGCUCCCUGGAACCAGUCAGGCUGGAGGUCCCAGCCAAGCUGUUAGGCCAGUGACUCAGACAGGGAGACCCAUUACAGGAUUUGUGCGACCCAGCACACAAGGUGGACGACCAGGCACUAUGGAACAGGCCAUAAGGACUCCAAGAACUGCUCACACUGCCCGUCCAAUGACUAGUGCUUCAGGGAGAUAUGUCAGGCUUGGAACGGCCUCUCUGCUCACAAAUCCUGAUGGUCCCUUUUUAAAUGUGGCUAAACUGAACUUAAAUAAUUACGCUCAAAAACCAAAGUUAGCAAAGGCAUUGUUUGAAUACAUUUUCCACCAUGAGAACGAUGUUAAGAACGCUAUAGAUCUGGCAGCAUACGCCACUCAGCAUGCUCAAUUCAAGGACUGGUGGUGGAAAGUGCAAAUUGGGAAGUGUUAUUACAGGUUAGGAUUGUAUCGUGAAGCAGAAACUCAAUUUAAAUCGGCUCUCAAACAGCAAGAUAUGGUAGAUACGAUACUGUAUUUGGCAAAAGUGUAUUCCCGCUUGGAUCAGCCUUUGACAGCUUUAAAUGUUUUCAAGCAAGGAUUAGAUCGGUUUUCCGGAGAAGUCUCCCUACUUUGUGGUAUUGCCAGGAUCUAUGAGGAAAUGAACAACAUUUCUGCAGCUGCAGAAUACUAUAAAGAUGUCUUAAAACAAGACAAUACACAUGUGGAAGCCAUUGCGUGCAUUGGAAGUAAUCAUUUCUAUUCAGACCAGCCUGAGAUAGCAUUGCGGUUUUAUAGGCGGCUCCUGCAGAUGGGUGUUUAUAACUGCCAGCUGUUUAACAACCUGGCCCUGUGUUGCUUCUACGCCCAGCAGUAUGACAUGAUUCUCAGCUCCUUUGAACGUGCACUUUCUCUGGCUGAAAAUGAGGAGGAGACAGCUGAUGUUUGGUACAACCUGGGGCAUGUCGCCGUGGGAAUAGGGGAUACAAGCUUGGCUUUCCAGUGUUUCAAGCUGGCCUUGACAAACAACAAUGACCAUGCAGAAGCUUACAACAACUUGGCUGUGCUGGAAAUGCAAAAAGGCCGCAUAGAGCAGGCACGACUGUUUCUGCAGACAGCAUCAUCGUUAGCACCUCAUAUGUACGAGCCACACUUCAACAUUGCUGUGCUGUCUGAUAAGGUUGGAGAUCUCCAAAGAAGUUACAUAGCUGCCCAGAAGUCCGAAGCAGCAUUUCCAGAACAUGUGGACACGAAGCAACUCAUCACUCAGUUAAAGCAGCACUUUGCCAGGCUUUGAUGCCACUCUUGGGAAAUGUCAUAACUUGAUUUUCUUCAAAUCUGCUAAUUUAUACAGAUUUACAAAGAAGAAAAGUUAGUACUUUAGAAUAUUUUAUUUCAUAGUGGAGCAUCAACUGUGUUGGCCAGAGGCAGGCUGAAGCUUUUUUACUCCCUCCAGCUGGGGAAAUGCUGUUUCCAUAAGCUAAACUAGAGACUCUUCUGCUUAAUAUUUUUCCCAAGGAAGUGCUUUUUCUUUUAUUCACUGCCUGAUGAUAGUGAUGUGUUGCACAGUUUUGUCAUUUAAUGAGUUCAGAGGUGAAUUGUCAAACAGUUCAUGUUGCAGCAUAGUGGGCGCUGUCACACACACACUGAACAAUGCACCUUCAGUCUACUUUGCAACUUGAUUUUACUGUGUGAAAUGGCAAAAUCCACUUGCAAAUGAUCACUAAAGUGCAUUGAAAGUGGACUGAGAGUGCAAUAUUGAGCAUGCAUGAAAGCAUCCAUUGGCAUGAAGCCCAUAAUUAGGAAGGACAUUGAUGGUGUAAGAUGCUAAAGGUGUGUCCAUUCAGUGGCUUUGGAGAUGCAUGUGCAUACUUAUCCGUCUGACCCUUAAAGUCUACACUGAUGUGCACCUUUAUCUUUCCACAAGGGGUGGUGCUCCAGAGGCCAACCUAGGCCAUGCAGUGAGAAUCCUGAUUGACACCUACGAAACAACAACUGUUUUGUUUUACCUGCACUUAAAGCAUAAGAGCCAAGCAGAGAGCAUGAAAGCUGGAUCUUUAUUCCACAAGAGGAAGAAACCUAAGAAUUAUAGGAUGUGCAAAGAAAUGCUAUUUAAACCUGGGUGUUUCCAUCAGGGCAGUUGUCUUUGAGAAAGAAAGGGAGAUGUAGCAGGGAGUGAGGGUGGCUAUUAAUACCUCUCUUCCUUGACUUGGCCAAGGUUAGGAACUCACAGAAGUUAGGAAGUAAACAGGCUGUGGCUUCCAUUGCAUAGGCUUAAGAAGUCUGAAGAUAGAGACAUUUUGGUACUAUAGGCUAGAUAUUUUGGACAGCUGAUACUGCUAAAAGUUUGCUGGAUGCUAUACUUUCCUCCAUCGCCUACACAAGCAGUUUCUGGAUUUUCUCCUAGAAUGGCAGCCACUGAAGGCAGCCACUCCCCCCAACUCUUACGGUGACUAUCCCAUAAAUUUGGCUUUGUCCGAUGGAACUAGGCCACAGAUCACGUCAUUUUAUGCUGUAUCAUUUUCCUACGUUUGCUUAGUGUUUCAGAUGAGGAAAUGGUGUCUUUGCAUUAGAAAAACUUCCAUAGAAGGAUCUGGUAAUGAAAAACCCAGGAAAAUGGGUAGAAGAACCCUAAGAUGUUUUGGAUAUAAUACAGGUAGCUCUGUCUUCCUUCCAAAAAUCAAUAAACACUCCAAUGAAAGCACCUGGAGACAUUCCCAGAAAAAAAAAUGUGGCUGUAGUUGACAAACUAAUGAUAGAGGUGAAGAAUAGGCCUGUUAACAGAAAUGGACAGACUACUGAAAGUGUACUUUGGUUUUAAAGUAGCAACAGAAUGUGUGUAACUCUGAAGAAAAUGUCCAGUUUUACAGCAAGUGUAUGAAAUUCCUGUUUAAAUAGUAUUGCCUCAUAUAGGUGAUUGUCCCAGCAGGAGUAGCAGAUGGCAACCUGGAGAGAAUCUACCUUUUUUACCAGUGCCAACAUACCAGGAGAGGUCAGCACCACUAUGUUUCUCAGUGAUUUCCCUUCUGGGGUCUAAUUACUUACCCUUCCUUCCCCCCAUCCCAUCUACUGAUGAAAGUGGGACUUUCAUUUUGUCCCCAAUCAGAUGUGAAGGGAGAGUGAAUGACAAAAAACAGGGCAGAAGGCACAGGCAAUAGUUCUCACUGUGUUGGUACUGUUUGGUAGGUUCUCUGACUUGCAGAUGGGUAGCCCCAUACCCAUCAGGUUCAUACAGACAGAGAAGGACUUUUUCACAUUGUUUCAGGUUUAGUAUAAAUUGCUUCAUAAUAAUUUAAUACUU